AAACCGUCGGAAUGGCACUAAUACAAGGGACUAAUACAAGGGACUAACAAAUUACAUGGCGUGUGACCGAUCCUCACGCCACCCCAGGAUGGAGAAAUAACCCUUGAUCCGUUUCUCCGCCUCGCUGCUAAUUCUCCUCUUGACUGAGCUGAGAGCUGAGUUUAUGCAUGACGAUCCGCGCACCGCGACAGCCAGCCAUGCGCCGCUCGAGGUCUCCUCUUGCUUCGCCAUCUCCGCCGCCUCUAGGAAACGGCUCGGCAGACGCCAACGCCGGGACCGGAACCGGGAAGAGGCCGCAGACUCUUGCGAGACGCGCCUGUGAUGCUUGCAGAGCCCGGAGGCGGAAAUGCGUCUUUGCCGACGGUCCUCGGCCGUCUCAGACACAAGAACAGGCUGCUCAGACUCAGGCUCAGUGUCAUGACUGUCUAAGACUGGGCAUUACUUGUAGCUUCCUCGUCCCGACACGCACGCGAGGUCCUAAGCGUCGGAAACGGCUUCCCUCAACGCCGCGUGAGAGUGGCGAUGAGGAGCCACCGGAGCCCUCUAUAAAUCCAAACCCUGAAACCCAAGAAUGGCAAUUCACAGCGGUCCAGGCUGAGCCGAGGAGUGAUAUUCGCCCUCUCCCAAUUGUCGAUCAUUCCUCCCCGUAUGGACCGCAACCAUCACCAGGUUUGACCGUCCGGAAUGCAUCUCCAUCCAUGGCUGGCCCCCGGUUCCCGACCGAUGAGCUUUGCUCCCGGCCGCUGCUCAACAUCAUCAUGAAUGAUUACCUAGAUCUCAUCUACCCGCUGGUGCCCGUCAUCCACCGUCCGAGUUUCCGCGCCGAUCUUGCGUCAAACCGGGACCUUACUGACCCUGACUUUCUCUCCAUCGUCAUAGCCCUCGCGGCUUUGACCGUCGGGCUAUUGCCGUCGCGGUUUCCCGUCUAUCGGGCCAUGGCGCCAGAUAUUGCCAUUCGCUUCGACACAAGAAUGGCCAUGAUCAACACCUGUGUCGAUAUGUGCAUGCGCCUUCGAACCCACAGCUAUUGGGACCACAUCAACUUGCGCAAAUGGGCCGUUUGCUACCUCUUGUCCGUCGGCUGCUUCCAGACUGGCCAAGCAAACCGAAGCCGCAUGCUUGAGGUAGAGUCUAUGCAGGUCGGACGACUGCUGGGGCUCCACCGCAUUUCCGAUUAUGAAGGGCUCAACCGUAUCGAGACUCAACUACGGAAGAAGGCAUUCUGGCUUAUGUUUUAUACUUAUGCGCAUUCAACGCUCCUUGCCGGCCGUCGGGAGCGACUGGCAUUUCUCGAUCACUCUAUGCUGCAAGAGGUCAACUUCGAGGCUCUAUUCCCAUUAGAUCUCGAUGAUGAAUUCAUUCUUGAAAGCAGUAUCCUAAACCCUCCAUCCCCAAUUGCAUCCCCAUCCACACCCGGUACACAAUCACAACCCAAAUCCGCUCUCGGUCUCACCAGCGGGUUCAUUUUACACUCCAAGGUCUUCCUAAAGGCCGUGCAAGAAGCCCUUACUCCGGGAUACUGCGAUUGGGAGCGCCGUCAUACUCCAGAGGUACGACUAUCGCGUCUACGGAACCUUCUACUCGAGAUCCGAUAUAUGCUGGAUGACGUACCGGGCCCGAUGCGACAAUGGGCCUCCACGGGCGACGCAAAUGACCCAUCCCAUUCUCCCGAGACUCGUCAGGCCAUAUCCGUGUAUGAUGAUUUAACUCCGCCAGGCGGACCCAAAAGCGCAAACGCAAAAGCCCUACCGGGGCAAGUCGAGAUAAUGAGGGCAAACCUUCAUGGAACUCACCUAUGGGUGCAAAGCCUACUCCUGGAUCAAAUCGACGUUUUGCUACAAAACAUAUCACAAGCAGAUUCCUCCGAAUCUGGCUCCUACACUACAGCUCUCAAGGCAAGCUGGACAGAGCGUGAAGACGUUUGCCGUCAAAUGUUGCAUCUAUUACACAGCAUGCCCUAUGCCCACCUUGAACCCAACGGGCUCUAUCUUACAUACAAGGUCCGCGACGUAGGCGUCACUCUCCUCAACUGCCCCUACGAAGCCCACGAACGGCCUGCCCGCCGCGCUGCCGAGUACAUGCGUGACUUUACUCGAGCGCUUUCCCGGCUUGAUCGAAGCGAAAUUGUCAACGCGAGCAAUCUGAAGAGCUGGGUUGAUGUUGACCGUGAAAGAAUAUUGUUAUGACAAAAGAUGAUACCAUAAUUCUAAAUACCACAAAAUUACAGACAAUGAAACGAUACCAUCAAGUUAUAAAUACGAUAAAUUAUAACCCUAUUUUGCA